CAGUCGACAUUCUCCAAUUCCCUUUCAAAGAUUUUAAAUUGGUGGUUAUAUUUGUUGGUCCCGCGGAGUGUUUGAGUUGGUUUCUCGAUAGAAAAGAGUAGUUUAUUGGUCGUUUGUUUUGGAUGGAGUGGAAAGUACCCGCUUCUUAUUGUAUCCAUUGUGGUGACUUGAAGAGGCUUUGUCGCUGCAAUGGUAAGGCUGCUACAGUGGAGGCCAAAGAUUCGGGUUUUGUGCAGCUAAAACAAGAAGAGAGUGGAAGAGAGCUCGACAAAGUGGACAAUUCAAUGAAGGUUUCAGACAAGCUUGAUAAGGUGAAAGAGGAAGCCACUGGCACAAAGAUUUCUCAAGACAAUCAACGUUCUGUGUUCAAGACUCGUGAGAUACUGAAGGAACUUGAAAACUCUAAUAUCGUUCCUCCUUUUUCCAACUCUAGCUUAGAAAAUGAAGAGUCCAAGAUUUCUGAAAAUAUUUCCCAUAGCGUAUAUGAGACUUUUGGUGUACGCCUUCGUUCAAAAGAGAAGCUGAGCACCGUUGAAAAUAUGGCUCAAACGCUAAAUAAGGACUCUAUAAAUGACGGAAAGUCUAAGGAGGAAAAUGAAAGUCAUUCUGUUUCGAACUGGGAAGAAAAUGAACCAAACAAACAGCAAACACGUCAUGUGUCGGACGCCAUAGCUUCUAAACUUGUCCUAUUUGAUAGUCCUGAACAAUCAGAAUCAGCUAUUCCUCAGAAAAUAUCCUAUAGUUGUACAAAAGGAGCCACUUGUGUUGUGUGUCGACGUUCUGUACAUCCUAUAGAGAAGUUUCUUAGUCCCAAUGGAGAGUUAUAUCAUAUGAAUUGCCUGCGUUGUUCUAUUUGUCAGUGUUUGCUGGACUCUAGCUGUUUGAAUUGUUUUGAAAAUAAUUUUCUUUGUAACAAAUGUUUCGUCAAAAAGCCACGUUCCAUUCCUAACAACAGAUCAUCCUCUUAUAUGUAAAAUAAAUAAUAAGCUUUUUGA